AGUCGAUUUAAACUCGAAACCAAAGUCCAGUCGCUCUCGUUUUUGUGCCAAAACUUGGUAGCUGUACUGCAGUAGACACAUUGUGGUAAAACACGGCCAAGGGAGCACCUGGAGCGAUUUUAAAGGCGAGUAUUGAGGAGUAGAAGCCGCGGGGAGCCCACAGGAGACAGGUGUACCUAGAAGGUAGGUAGGAGGAAAGGUACCUAGAAGACAAAGUGACAUCUUGAGUCAGGGUGUAGUCCCCGAGACGCCUUUAAUUUACAUCUUCAAGACUAGUCGUAGAAUUGGCGACAUGGAGGUGAAGGAAUACACACUGGAGGAGAUUACGAACGUGAUCGUGAACUCUGAUAGCCUCGAGGGUUUGCGCUCGUUUGCGGUUUCGGCGAUUUCUGCGCUUCAGGAAGAAGUACUGAGGACCAAGGAGACCGUGGAAGACUUUAGGAAGGUUUACGGGUACAAUAAAAAGAACCAAUUGCUCAAUGUCUUUGUGGAUCCAGUGGUCAAUAACGAGAUUUUACACCUCAAGAAAAUCAUUAACAAAAAGAGCAUCGAGCUUCAAGAGGCCAAAGAUGCACUAGAAGGACAAAAGAUCGACUUUAGUGGGGCCGUUGGCAAGAACCUUCUUGAGAAGGUCCGCAUGUUAAAACUGGAGAAUGAGGAGCUCUCCAAAAUCAUAAUCGAAUCGCAAGUUCAGCCGCUCACCUUUGAGGUUAACAAGGAGAAGGAAAAGAACAAAAUCUUGGAAAAGGAGCUCAAGUCCCUUUUGCAGAUGAAUAUACAAAUAAAUAAAGACAAUAACGAAAUGUCUGCCAAGAUCUCUCAACUCACAGCAGAGAUUGCAGAUCUUAAAAAGGAGAAUGAUUCGCUCCUAAAGAAGUUGGACAGGCAUCGCGAACCAUCAAAGUCGAGACGUUCGAGGUCAAGAGGUUCACCAUCCCCGUCCAGGAAACGCAAGAGUAGACGGGAUUCAGCAGAUCCUGCGCCUCGUCUAGACCCUAGACAUCCAGAGUCUGGAAUGGAUAAAGGUUCCAAACGCAGAGACGGAUCGAGGGAAAGAAAGUCUAGACGGUUGUAAUUGAUGUCUACUAGAAUAGAGAAGAUGAGGUUCCAG